UCUGCAAAAUCCCGCCAUGAUCUUGACUUCCGGUUUACUCAUUUCAAUCAUUUAUUUAUCGAAAUACGAACUUAUGAAAGCGCACUUGUUUCGUUUUAUUUACUAAAAUAUGUAACUUUAAAUAACCCAAUAUAUGGACAACAAACAUGGAGAACGACGAACCUCAUGAACAACUCUUUGUUGCAAUGCAACCAUCUGGGUUCAUGCCAUUAAUUGCUGACCCAGAGUUGGAAGACAAAGAAGAUGAUGACGAGGAUGAGGAUGAUACUGCUUCAGACGAGGAUACAAACAUAUCAAGUGGUCAUGUGACAUUUGAGGAAGAUAUGGAGUAUCAGAUUGAUGACGAUCCUGACAAUAACAGGGAAAGAAGGUCAGACAACGAUAGUCCAGCACCGGACAGUUUGUCAAUUGAUUUCAGUACACGAUGGACAGCAAUCCCUGGAGAAGAAGCUGUUGGAUUUACUACACAGGAGAGGGAACCAGAUGAGGAGGAGGAGGAGGAGGCUGACAAUUCUCCCAAAGACACAGCAGAAUCACAUGUUAAUGAUCAUGCAUAUGCAGAUCCUGGAGAUGUUGUGGAAAUACAAGCGCCACCUGAACAAAUAAGAUCUGAUCACACUUAUGACAUAUCUCCAAUGUUACAUGACAAGAAUUUACCCGAUGGCUGGACUAGAAGUGUGGUUCAACGAUUGGCUGGUAAAUCAGCAGGAAAAUAUGAUGUAUACCUGUACAGUCCAAAUGGAAAAAAGUUCCGUUCAAAAACAGAGUUGGCUGUUUACUUCAGAGAUAAUAGUAUAAACGAUUUAAAUGCUGAAGAUUUUGAUUUCACAGUGCGUGGCAAACACCAUAGUGCAAAUCAAGGUGGUGUGAACCGAAAACGGAAAUCAACAGCUGUAGACAAUGAAAAACCUGUAAAAACUCCUAAAAUCCAAAAAACAAAAGCAACUCCAAAAUCACAAGAAAAGAAAAAGAAGGUUAAAGAAAAGGAUAAGAAACAAACUCCUAAGAAAAAGGCAGAAUGUGAUGAGGACAAAAAAGCCUCUACUUCCCCUCAAAAGAAACCAAUAAAUGCAGGUAAAUCUUUAUCACAAAAACUUGUCAUAAAAAUGGCUUUUUCUGGAUCUAAAGAGCGGGCAUCAAAUAAAUCUAAGAAUUCAAAAGCUACGAAAAAAGGAUCAAAGCUAAAGUCUCCAAGGCAGCCAAUAAAGAAAAAAUCAAGUUCAACAAAAAAAAUUGAUAAUGAAAGUGAACAAGAAGAAAAUGAAACAUCCGAUAGUGAAGACAGACUAAAUGACAAUGAGGAUGAAAAACAUGUAUCAAAUGUGGAGGAAGGAUCUCAUCGUUCUAAUGUAUUCGAUUUAUUUAAUGGAUUGUCAUCUGAUUCGGGUAUUGUUGACAAUAGUGAUACUAGUGAUGACAAAACUUCAAAAAGGAAAAAUUCUGGUUCAAGUGCUAUAAAGAUUACAGAGACAAAGACAAAAAUACAACGGAGUAGAUCAAAAGAACCAGAUGUUAAUGUGGAACCUGAACCAGUCAUUCAUUCAGCAUCCGGGAGGGUGCGAAGGAGGACAACUUCUAGAGACAAUAUCUUUGGUGACGAUUUUAUAACACCGCCUGCACCAAGAAGUAGGCGGAAAAGUAGGUCAAAAGAAGAUAAUGACUCCUCAAGUUCAAUUGUUUCAAACAAAAUGACAGUGAUUAAAGAAAAAAAUGAAACUGUAAAUUCAGAAACUGUUAAUUCAGAAACAACUAUUUCAGAAACUGUUAAGUCAGAGACUUCUACAUGUAAUUCAGAAACUGUCAAUUCAGAACUUUCAGCAAAUCUUUCACCGUCUAAAAGAAGGAUAAGUUCCGACAAAAUAAGUGCUAACGAGUAUUCACCUAGGAAUAAUAAACAUUCAAUUCAACAUGCAGAAAAAGAAAAAGAGAAAUUAUUGAAAAUUUCUCCUUUUAAAAAAUCACUGUUGUCCAGCAAAUUGAGCAAUGUUACUAGUCCUAAAGAUAAUGGUAUUGCCAGUUCAUCAUCAUCAUCAUUUUCAUUACAUAAAUCACCAAUAAAAAACCCACAACCCGCAGCAUCUGAUUCAACAACUAAACCAGAAGAGGAAACAAAUGUUGAAGAAGAUAAUAGCACAGAACAGGAAGCAGAAUUUAAGCCAACUGAAAACGAGGAAGUUAUGAGCAAAUACUUUUCUAGUGGCAGGUUCAUGCCACGACCAGAAUUACAUCGAGAUGUAAAGUGGACACCACCAAAAUCUCCAUUUAACUUAGUACAAGAGAGCCUUUAUCAUGAUCCAUGGAAACUCCUAAUAGGGACCAUAUUUCUUAAUAGAACAACAGGCACGGCAGCUAUUCCUUUAUUAUGGAAGUUCUUCAACAAAUGGUCAAACCCUGAUGAAGCAAGGAGAGCUGACCCAGCAGCAGUAUCUAAGCUUCUGACACCACUUGGUCUGCAUACCAAAAGGGCUCAAAUUAUAAUCAGGUUUUCAGAUGAAUUUUUAUGUAAAGAAUGGAAGUAUCCAGAAGAGUUACAUGGUAUUGGGAAGUAUGGAAAUGAUUCUUAUAGAAUAUUUUGUGUGAGAGAAUGGAAGCAGGUACAACCAAGAGACCAUAAACUGAAUGACUAUCAUAACUGGUUGUGGAAAAAUUACAAAACUUUGAGCUUAGAUUAAUUAAUUUUAUUACUAUAUUUUUAUGAUAAUGAAAUAGAAUUUUACUACUGUCAUGACUGUACAUUUUGUACUUUGAA